CGCUGAGGCGGGGGGCGGGCGCUCGCUGCCUCCGUCGGUCGGUGCCUCGCUCGCCGCGUCCUUGGCUGCCGGUGGGGAUGCGCUUCCUCCGCUGAAGGCGCCGCGGGCCCAGCCGGCAGGAUGACGGUGGAGUUCGAGGAGUGCAUCAAGGACUCGCCCCGGUUCCGGGCAACCAUUGAUGAAGUGGAAACAGAUGUGGUGGAGAUAGAGGCAAAGCUUGACAAGCUGGUGAAGCUAUGCAGUGGGAUGAUUGAAGCAGGCAAAGCCUACAUCACCACCAACAAGCACUUUGUCACUGGAGUCCGGGACUUGUCACAGCAGUGCAAGAAGGAUGAGAUGAUUUCGGAGUGCCUUGACAAAUUUGGAGACAGCCUGCAGGAAAUGAUUAACUACCACAUGAUCCUGUUUGACCAGGCCCAGAGGUCAGUCCGGCAGCAGCUGCACAAUUUUGUCAAAGAUGAUGUCCGGAAGUUCAAGGAAACCAAGAAGCAGUUUGACAAGGUGCGGGAGGACAUGGAGAUCUCCCUGGUGAAGAAUGCCCAGGCACCUCGGCACAAGCCACAUGAAGUGGAGGAAGCAACAGGCACCUUGACCAUAACCAGAAAGUGUUUCCGACACCUGGCUCUAGACUAUGUGUUGCAGAUCAACGUCCUGCAGGCCAAGAAGAAGUUUGAGAUCCUGGAUGCGAUGCUGUCCUUCAUGCAUGCCCAGUACACCUUCUUCCAGCAGGGCUACAGUCUUCUCCAUGAACUGGAUCCCUACAUGAAGAAACUAGCCACAGAGCUGGACCAGCUGGUGAUUGACUCUGCAGUGGAGAAGAGGGAGAUGGAGCACAAGCAUGCAAUGAUACAGCAGAGGACCCUCUUGCAGGACUUCUCCUAUGAUGACUCGAAGGUGGAGUUCAAUGUUGAUGCCCCAAAUGGAGUGGUGAUGGAAGGCUACCUCUUCAAGAGAGCUAGCAAUGCUUUCAAAACAUGGAAUCGGAGGUGGUUCUCCAUACAGAACAGUCAGCUGGUGUACCAGAAAAAGCUAAAGGAUGUCCUCACAGUCGUGGUGGAGGACCUGCGGCUCUGUACUGUCAAGCCAUGUGAAGACAUCGAGAGGAGGUUUUGCUUUGAGGUCGUCUCACCUACCAAGAGCUGCAUGCUGCAGGCUGACUCGGAGAAGCUGCGUCAGGCCUGGAUCCAGGCUGUGCAAGCGAGCAUCGCUUCUGCGUACCGGGAGAGUCCUGACAGCUACUAUAUUGAAAGAUUGGACCGGACUGCUUCCCCAUCAACCAGCAGCAUUGAUUCUGCUACCGACUCCCGGGAGCGCAGUGUGAAAGGAGAAUCCAUCCUGCAGAGAGUGCAGAGCAUCCCUGGGAAUGACCAGUGCUGUGACUGUGGUCAGCCAGAUCCUCGCUGGGCCAGUAUCAACCUGGGCAUUCUGCUGUGCAUCGAAUGCUCUGGUAUCCACAGGAGCCUGGGUGUUCACUGCUCCAAGGUCCGAUCUCUCACACUGGACUCCUGGGAGCCUGAGUUGCUGAAGCUGAUGUGUGAGCUGGGGAACAGCACCAUGAACCAGAUUUAUGAGGCACAGUGUGAAGAGCUGGGACUUAAGAAGCCAACAUCAGGGAGCUCCAGGCAGGACAAGGAAGCCUGGAUCAAAGUGAAGUACGUGGAGAAGAAAUUCCUCAAGAAGCUGCCAAAUGGGGAGACACUCCCAGAGAACGAGCGGAAGCCUCGGCGCUGGUGUGUGAAGAAGUGCCAGAGGAACAACAGCACCACCAAAGCACCCACAGCUCGUAGGAAGUACCGCCACGAGGCAGGCAACGCAUCACCAGCCAUGCUGUCCUCAGCAGCUACCCUGGAGAGGAAGUUCCGCCGAGAUUCCCUCUUCUGCCCUGAUGAGUUGGACUCUCUCUUCUCCUACUUUGACACCGGUGCUGGCUCCGGCCCACGUAGUCUGAGCAGUGACAGUGGACUUGGGGGGAGCACAGAUGGCAGCACGGACAUCCUGGUGUUUGGCUCUGUGGUGGACAGCGUGACAGAGGAAGAGUGUGAGGUGUCAGAGGAGUCGAGUGGUGAAGCAGAGAUUGAGCAAGAAGCAUCAGAUCUGGAGGACCUGAGGGAGCUGCAUCCUGGCUUGUUGAUGUACAAGGCAGCACAAGCCCGAAACCUGCCUCUCAUGGCAGAAGCACUUGCAAAUGGGGCUGAGAUCAACUGGGUGAAUGAUGAAGAUGAGAACAAAACUCCUCUGAUUCAGGCUGUGAUGGGGGGCUCCUUGAUAGCCUGUGAAUUCCUGCUGCAGAAUGGGGCAGAUGUUAACCAAAGAGAUAGCCGAGGCCGAGCUCCCUUGCACCAUGCCACAUACCUGGGACACACUGGUCAGGUCUGCUUGUUCCUCAAGCGCGGAGCAAACCAGCACGCGGUGGAUGGCGAUGGGCAGGACCCGCUGAGCAUUGCAGUUCAAGCAGCCAAUGCAGACAUAGUCACCUUGCUGCGUUUGGCUCGGAUGAAUGAGGAAAUGCGAGAAGCAGAGGGGCCCUUUGGACAACCAGGUCAAUAUCCCAGCAACAGCCCUACUGAGCUGCAGUACAGGAAGUGUAUACAGGAGUUCAUCAGCCUUAAUAUAGAUGAGUGUUAGUGACAACUCCCCCACCUCCCCUUCGCUGUCUUGAAGUUGGGCUGAACUUGUAGAAGCCCUAAGAAGCCCCAUCCUUGGUAUCUUGGUGUUUCUUGCAGAUUGGUCUGUUUUUGAUGCCUGCACUUAUAGGUUGAGAUGCACGCAGGAAGGAAAAGGGAUCUUUCCUGUUAGCGUUAAGUUCUCAUGCUUGACUACUGGAUGGUUGAUUUUUGUAUAGGAGACUCCUAGGGCAUAACCACAGACCAUGGCACGUGAACUUGAGUGUGUGGAAAGUAUGGGAGGUGAGUUUAGCAUUUAAAAAGAAGACAAGAAAAGGAAACCCUCAAUCACCAGGAGGAGCCCACCAACGAUGCAAUCAGACCUCUCUCUGCUUCAGCUUGGUUUCCAUGCACUGAGUGGUGUGGAAUCUAUCUCUGAAUGGUCUGGGAGGGAUUCUGACCUGGAGCCCUCUGCCUGGCAGCAUGACCAGCAGCCUGCUCACCCAUGAGACUGCUGCAGCAGCUUGCAAAGCUAAAGAUGACCUCGAAGUCAGGACCAGGCCGUUUGGAGGGGCAGAGAGAGAUUUGCUCCAGAAGGCACAAUGGAAGGGGUAGGAUUGAGAGCGAUGGCUCCUCACCUCGGUUGCUCUCAGGACUAUACCAGCCACGCUCCCCUUGUUUUGCCCGUGGUGGUUAGCUGGUCAAAGCCAUAGCUCACCUGCUUCCAAGGCCAAGGUGCAACCUGCAUAUAGCAUUAUGGAAGCAGCAAUGCUAAUCUGUUGAGGCUGGGAGAAGCUUGUCGCUGGCGAUGGGCUUUCUGUCAGGGAAGAGAAGCCACGUCCAACUCCCACUGCCUGAACGAGCGGCUGCACGAUGCAAUUGGACUUUGGUUCAGUUUGUUUCCUGCUCCCUUCAGGUUUCUGACUUAGCAUCUCUGUGAAGGAGACUUAGACCUGCAUGUAUCCAUCCCUGUGUGCUCUCCCCCGCAUGCUGACGCGUGUGAGAUGGGCAUCUCAGCAGCUGGCCCAGGGGCUUUUGACUUCCCCAGUUCCAAUGCCCGGCAGAAACUUCUUCGUUUUCUUUCCUUGGGUUAUUCCUUGCUGGAGUGGGGGAAUGUGGUUUGACUUGGAGCACUUUGUUGCUGUGUUUAUGGUCUGCGUGAUGGGAUCAUGCUACAGUGGCUCUGCAGGGAUGCUGCAGCCAUGGAGUGCUGGCUCAGAGCACAGGUACCACUGGCAGGUAUCCUCUGGCUGGGGGUUCUGGGUGCCCUUGUCAGAGCCUCUGUGAGUGCCCUCAGCUGCAGCUGACAUCAGUUUCCCAGGGCUCAGGGCUGUCACUCCACAACUGGUAUUUACCUGCUUGGGCUCUGGGCUUGGGCCGUUGUGCCUUAUGGAUAGUGCUGGGAUCUUGAGGGGAUCAAGAUCUAGCAAGGAACGCAGGAAUACCAGACAGGAUUCCCCAUCCUCCUGCAGUCCAUCAGCACUGGUGCACAAUCAGAGUAUCUUUCACCCAAUACAUGUCUGAGUCCUUGAUUUUCUUCUGGCUGCUGUUGUGCUGCUCCCCUUACAGACCUUCACAGCUCUGUUCUAUUGACAUCGUGUGUCCUCACAUCCUGAAGCAGCUCCUCCCUCAAGAUGCUGCCCUCAGACUGAACCAACAGCACCAGUGUCCGUGCUCACAUCUAGAAGUGGAGCAAUGAACUCCACUUUAGUCUCUGGUAGGAAGUUCUCUCAGUUCAAGGGAGAAUCCCUGCUUCCUUAGGGAAGUGCUGUCACAAGCUCUGCUGCAGCCAGACCACAGCUUUCCAUCUGUUCAGGCUGGGGCUUGAAAUCCAGCUUUCUCCUGCUUGUUCCCUUUGGGAUGCACAGUGCUGAGCACCAAGUGCUGAGCUCGGUCCCAGUUGUGAAUCUGAAAUGCUCCUGGUGACUGUGCUGGAGCUGCUGCAGGUCCUGGCAGUGCAAAAGCUGCCCCAGGGCCUUUGUGCUUCCAUGAAGAACAAUCAGUCUGCUUCCAUCCAUCCUGGAAAACAAAAACCAAUGAGCUUGGCCCCUUUGGCCUUUUCAUCAUUGGCUUUUCAUGGCAUUUUCUCCUUCAGCUCCUUCUUUCUGUCCUGGGGUUCCUUUCUGGUCUGAAACUGUCCCGUAGCCUCUGCCAGGCAAUGCUCCCUCUGAACUCUGGAGUAGGAGCUGUGGGAUGUGCCCCUGGUUGGCAGAGGGCAGGUCACUUGGUGAUAUUCAUGUUCUGUUCAGCUGUGGCACCAUCAGGAGGGGCUCAGGAUGGGUGCUUGUGGGAUGGAGCAGUGUGCAUAAAACACAGUUCAGCUUCAGGGGGAUGCAGGAUGUAGAAAUCUGUGGUUCAGAGGAACAGGAACCAUCUCCUCAUUGUAGCUCCCACAAGUGGCUCUGUCACCAUCCCUGGCAGUGCUCAAGGCCAGGUUGGACACAGGGGCUUGGAGCAGCUGCUCCAGUGGAAGAGGUCCCUGCCUGUGGCAGGGGUUGGAACUGGAUGAGCUUUAAGGUCUCUUCAACCCAAACCAGUCCAUGAUCACUGAGUGAAGGGUCUGGCCCCAGGCAUCCAGCUGUGUGAUACCAGAUGCAGGCAGAUGUGCACUGUGCGUAGCUGUUGCUGCAGUGCUGCUGCGUGGUCUCCUUCAGUUGGUGUUUCAUAGCCCCUGGGUUAAAUCUUCCUUCCUGAUACCCAUGUGAGGUACAGCUGGCGUUCCUUGUGCAGCAUUACAAAGGUCACCACUUUGUGUUCUCCUGGAGCUUCAUCUCUUGGUCCUUUGCAUUGGGCUUUGUCUUCUUCCUGGUCCACUUCACCCUAAAUCCAAAUGGUGAUGCCUUCACCUGCAUUGCCCCAUUGACAUCCCUCCCUUACCAGUGGAGCUCACCUUGCAGCUGGUGUUGCUCUCAGUCUGGGUUGCAUCAGGAGCAAGUCUGGCAGGUCACAGAUCAUCACUGGUGUGAAACAUCCUGCACUGCUCUGUGCAGAGCUCAGCUGGUGCUGGAGCCUGUUGUCCAGCAGGAUGGGAUGUGGUGCUGAGCCUGCAGCAAUACAGCGAAGCCCUGAAGCAUGGGACUGUGCUAUGCUUAGGCUGAGGUCUUGCAGAUCACCCUGCAGCAUCCAGAUCUUAGUGCUCAGCACAGGAACCAGCAUCCAGCCAAGAGCUCACUGUGCUUCCUGGGUUAGGGAUUCUGUGUCAUGAAUUCUCUUUGUUAACCCCAUCCCAUUUCACACUGACCUGCCCCACUUGAGGCUUUGCCAGUGCUGACAUCCCCUCAAGCUGUGCCCUUUCCUGGGGCACUGAAUCAGAGCUGGCACCUUUCAGGGUACCUCAGUGAGCUCACAAGUGGACGUUUCACCACUGCCAUGGUCCUGCUGUGCUCCUGAAUCCCAGCCCAGUCACUGCCCACCUGUGGCUGCUUCCCCACCUGCAGCAUCUUCCAACCACCCCCAUUGGUUUUCCAGCUUUUCAGGAGUUAGGAACCACUGAUCCUUGCUGUGAGCCAGUGCAAACCGGAGCUGUGGCUUCCACGUUGGGUCAUUUGAUUUCACAGGGGCUCAGGGGAACAAGACACAGGUCCUGUCCCGUUGGCUCCACUGAAGCUCUGCCUCACUGCUGAAGUACACGAAGUCAAAGGCGAUGUAAAUACGGAUGCAGAAAGCAGUGUCUUGCAAGACAAUUUCUCUAUUUAACUUGUAUUGGUACUUUAUUUAGACUCAAUGUAUAAAGCAACUUUGUGCACUUUUCCUACAUACAGUAUUGGGGGGGGGGUUAUGUUCUUUUUGUUAUGGGUUUUGUGCUGUCUUUUUUAAGCAGUGAACUUGUUUGUUGAGUGUUUAAUUUAUUCUCGCUGUGCCCAGAGGAUUAGUGCAAUUUCCUCCAAUACAGUUGGUCUGGAUUUAA